UUCGUGAAAAUAGCAAAAGGAAACAAGGAGUAGUAGUGGCAAAAGACAACACAGCUAGAACACACUAUCAGCCGAAGGCAUGGCAGUCGCAAUGUUUCGAACUAAUAUUUUGAAGAUCACGCAACCAAAUUUUACUGUUUUAAGCGUUUUAAGGUAUUACGCCAAAAAGAUCAGAGUUGAGAGGAAACCCAAGAAGGCUGUCGUGCCAUCCAAAGACUACAUUUCGUACGAUAGCUCAAGCAAUCAAAUCGAUGCCUUCAAAACAUCCCUGGCGAGUAGAGGGUUCCUCAGGAACGGAAAGCCGUAUACGCCUCCUCCUGAUGUCCAGAAAAGAUUGCUAGAGAUCUCCAAAUUGUGUUUCCCCGCAACUUGGGGUUUAAAUGACAAAUUUGAUGAUGUUGAUGCCAAGUUCAAAUUCUUGUCCCUAUGCUGGAAGGAGUUUGACCACGAAGUACCAAAUUCCAUGCUGGCUGCAUUGAACAAUCUGGGUGACAUCUACAGUUUUUAUCAUACUGAAGUGAAAAAAGUGUCACCUUUGGACGCUAUGAAAGAUAUGGAACUUCCACCAAAUUUGCAUGUCCAGUACGAGUAUCUUAGAUUCCACCCAGACACUGACACCAUGUUUGCCGGAGUUUCUGCCUUUCCUGGAAGCUCAACCGUAGUGACUAACAUCAAGUACAAGAAGAAAUACAAGGGAUACAUCGCACCAAAGGUACCAUCUGGAGGAUAAAUCUUGUGCAGGCGAUAAGCUCAAUUAUAACUUGUAUUUUAAGCGGAUAGUAAAGAGGAAAAUUGCAUAACAUGA